AUGAAUGAGUUCGAUCAAAAUUUUGAAAAUUAUAAUAGUUUUAAUGAAUAUAUUACUAAAAUGGAAGAAUUAGAAUAUAGUGAAAUGCUUAGUACAGAUAUGCAAAUUUUUAAAAUUAAUAAUCCUAAUAUUGAUAGUGAAGAGGAUAUAAGAAUCGAAGAUUCUAUAGUAGAGGUAGAAGAUACAAGUUCAGAAACUUCUACUAGAUAUUCUGCAGAUAUUAUUCAAAGUAUACAACCUUUUUCUGUAGUAGAUGAGCCUUCAUUUCGUAAAUUAUUAAAUAAACUUGAUCCACUAUUUAAAAUUCCAAAGCGACAAUUAAUUCAAAAUAAAAUUUUGGAUACAUUUAUAAAACAAUAUUAUAAACUUAAUGUAAUAAUUAGUAAUUUUCCUGGAACUGUAUCAAUUACUACAGAUAUGUGGGCUAAUAUUAAAAUAGAGAAAUUUUAUAUGAAAACAGCAAUUUGUAACUUUAUAAUGUCAAUUUUGAAUGAAUUUAACUUAACUCAAAAAGUUGCUACUAUUACAAGUGAUAAUGGAGCGAAUGUAGUUAAAGCAUGUCAUCUAAUAAAAGCAAAACUUGAUUCUGAUGAGUUUACACAUUAUCGUUGUAUUUGUUAUAUACUUAAUCUUGCAGUAGGAAGUAGAUUAAAACAG